CCACAUGUGGCGCAAUCGCUUUCCCUGUUGGCUCGACCCAAUAUGCGACUAUGAUGUCGAUACCCGCAUGAGCAGGCAAUGACAUCGAUGAUCUGAUUCCGCGAGUCCUUCAUUUCCCUGCCACCGCCUGAGAUCUCGACUCAGACUUCUCCACGAUCGGCAGGUCCUUCGAAGACAGGCGCAAAGAUUCGGCCAAUGAUGAUCGCGGCGCAAAAUUGCCAUGGAAUAACUUCUAGGUUUGUCAGUCUGCGGCGACAUGUGCCUUGUAUUGUUUAUGAGACAAACUUGCCGUGUAGCGAUAUGCAAGCCACUCCUUCCAUCCUGUCUCUGUUCUCUCGUUUACCCAUUUUUUCAUUGCAGGAUUGGAAUCUCAAGGUUACUCCGUUGUUAGCAAGUACGAGCUCAUCUUUGGCUGGGCCUAUUGCUGGGUCCCGAUGACAUCAACAGUCAAUGCACCCAUACCAAAGCACCACUUCGCGAGUUUAGAGACCUCAGAUGUCGCAAACACAGCUACGAACACGCGCCCAUGCAGCCGUUGAAUACGAGCAACAAGCUGAAAAGCUCUCUCUUGAAUCCUCGUCACAGACAGAUGACAAUGGCGACAGGGCUGGUCAUGCCGUUGAAGCCAAGUUCAUCACCUCACUAGACCCAGUCAUCGAGACGACAGACGGCAACAGACUGCCAGCCGUUCCCGUCCAGGAAGCACAUAAAAUCAACUUGUUAAAGAGUCGAUCUGAAGGCCGACCGUAUAGGCCAGGACGACCACGGGGAUUGAGCCGGUUCGACAGGCAGAGGGCUGGGGCUGGCGCAGUUGAUCGGAGCGAGUUGAUGAAAGAUGACCACGAAAGCGAAUCCAGCCGCUUAGACGAAGCAAUCCCAGUCUUGCACACCCAUCCGCUAUUUCCUCCUUUGCCUCUCUAUGGGGCUCCGUCACUUCUACGAGACCUUCAAUGUACAGUACUCCGAACGACAUCAGCUGUACUCUCGACGGCCUUUCUUACCGUGAUCGUACUCGGGGCGUUAUUUACAUCAAUACCUCACUUUGUCAAUUAUGCAUGGCUGUGGCUCACCUUCCGGGAUCCUUAUAAGCAGAGACCAUUCUACGACGAGGAAAGAAGACGUUUAACUAUACGCAAGGAGCAAGAGGAGGAAUGGGAGAGACGCACGUCGAAACAGGACGCAACAAUACAAAACGGUACCAUAGAGCCGGCUGCUUCGUCACAAGAGCGACUGGUGGCGCUUGAAGGAGGACCUGACAAGCUAGUCUGCGACAUCAGGUAUUAUGCACGUCGAGUUGGUCUAGACGCUGAAGAAUUCAAAGUGCAGACAGAAGACGGCUUUAUCCUGACAUUGUGGCAUAUCUACAGCCCUUCAGAAUACACCCCGCGUCCAAGCAUGGAGCGACAGCCGGACGAGCCAUCAGUUUUCACAGAUUCCAAAGAAGGCUUCCAACAGCAUAUCCCAAAGCAGUACUCUGAUGGCAACAGAAGAUACCCUGUGUUACUGGUGCAUGGGCUCCUGCAGAGCGCUGGCGCUUAUUGUGCAAACGAUGACGACAGUUUGGCCUUUUAUCUCUGCAAGUCUGGAUACGAUGUAUGGCUAGGAAACAACCGUUGCGGUUUCAGUCCUGAACAUAGUCUGCUAAAGUAUCACGAUCCACGGAUGUGGGCUUGGAAUAUUCGGCAGAUGGGAGUGAUGGACCUUCCUGCGUUUAUGUCUCGAGUUCUCGUGGAAACAGGUUUCGAGAAGCUCGGAUUGGUGUGUCACAGCCAAGGUACUACGGAGGCAUUUGUGGCAUUGGCGAAAGAGCAGCGACCCGAUCUGGGUGACAGGAUCAGUGUCUUCUGCGCUCUUGCCCCUGCAGUCUAUGCCGGCCCCUUGAUUGGCAAGAUGUAUUUCAAGUUUAUGCGGGUUAUCUCACCGUCGAUGUUUAGGGUUUUCUUUGGCAUUCACAGCUUCAUCCCGCUGAUGAUGACCAUGCACCGCAUGCUUCCUGGCAAGCUCUAUGGAGCGCUGGGGUACCGGGUCUUCUCGUUCCUGUUCAAUUGGACCGACACGCGGUGGGAUCGAGGUCUUCGGGAUCGACUCUUUCAAUUCUCACCCGUUUACGUAAGUGCGGAGAGCAUGAGGUGGUGGCUGGGUCGAGAAUGCUUUGCGAAACAAAAGUGCAUUCUGGCCACACGCGAAGAUGGACAAAAUGAGGAGGUGGAGGAUGGCGACGGGGAGGAAAGCUCCGAGCGUGCCUCAUCCGACGAAGACGAUCGAGGCAGAACGGCAUGGUACGACGAACAUGUUCCUCCACUGGCACUGUGGGUUGCUGGAAGCGACGAUCUAGUCGAUGGUAGGAGACUUUUGAGGCGGUUUCAACGUGGACGCGAGCCGUUCGUACAAGUGGUCCACAGCAAAGUCAUUGAGGAAUAUGAGCAUCUCGAUGUGCUUUGGGCAAUGGAUGCCGUGGAGCAGGUGGGCAGCGAAGUUCGGCAGGUACUCUGGAAGACGAUGCCAGAGGAGGCAAGGAGGAUAUGCAGGAAAAUAUCUGGAGUCGUGGAUGAUGAUCGAGGGGAUAGUCAAAGCAGUGACCAACAAGAGUAAGUGGCAGCGAGGAGCAGAGCGUCGAUGUCCGUUCGCAAGAAGCAAUUUACAACGAGAUACAUAAUAGAAGAGAUACCCCCGUCACACGC